AUGUCUCCCAGAUUAUUGCCUACAGGUAAGGCAAGUUAUGGUGAUCUUCUCACACAAGAAAGACAAAGAGGAGCGACAUUGAAACCUAUUUCAGCGUGUUGCGACAUACCGGAGUUGGGGGAUCCAAAACACUUAACAGAAUGUUCCAAGCCGAAAUUACUUGGACCCUGCAAUGAUGUUCAAUGUGUGUUCGAAAAGUCUGGUUUCCUAGUUGACAAGAACACUCUAAACAAGGACGUGUACAAGAGGCACCUCCGUAAAUGGGCCGAAAGCCACGAAGGCUGGACUGAUGCUGUGGAGAAAGCGAUCACCGAUUGCGUAGACAAAGAGCUCAGACAAUAUUUGGAUUAUCCUUGCAGGGCUUACGAUGUAUUCACGUGCACUGGUAUUGCUAUGCUGAAGAAAUGUCCGACGAAAGCUUGGAUAUGUUAAGGGAAAUAUAAAUUGUCACUAUUUUGUUACUUUGUAUAAAUUUAUUUUACUUAAAAUCAUUAACCAUCUCAAAAAAACUUAUGUUGGUAAGAAACUAAUUUAAAUAAAAUUAAGUAUUCAAUUAAUAAAGACAUAUAGAUCUAUUUUGACC